AGCGGUGGGCGCCGCGGUUGGGCGGGCGCGCGCGGCAGCAUGGAGGAGCUGAGCAGCGUGGGCGAGCAGGUCUUCGCCGCCGAGUGCAUCCUGAGCAAGCGGCUCCGCAAGGGCAAGCUGGAGUACCUGGUCAAGUGGCGCGGCUGGUCCUCCAAACACAACAGCUGGGAGCCAGAGGAGAAUAUCCUGGACCCACGGCUGCUCCUGGCCUUCCAGAAGAAGGAACACGAGAAGGAGGUGCAGAACCGGAAGAGAGGCAAGCGGCCCAGGGGUAGGCCGAGGAAGCACACAGUGAUGUCCUCCUGCAGCCGGCACUCCAAGCUCAAGGAAUCUGACGCCCCCUCCAAAUCCAAAUCCAGCAGCUCCUCCUCUUCCUCCACAUCUUCCUCCUCUUCCUCAGAUGAGGAGGAUGACAGCGACCUAGAUGCCAAGAGGGGCCCCCGGGGCCGUGAGACCCACCCAGUCCCCCAGAAGAAGGCCCAGAUCCUGGUGGCCAAGCCUGAACUGAAGGAUCCCAUCCGAAAGAAGCGAGGCCGCAAGCCCCUGCCCCCAGAGCAGAAGGCAGCCCGAAGACCAGUGAGCUUGGCCAAGGUGCUGAAGACCACCCGGAAGGACCUGGGGGCCCCAGCCAACAAGCUGCCCCCUCCUCUCAGCGCCCCUGUGGCGGGCCUGGCAGCCCUGAAGGCCCAUGCCAAGGAGGCCUGCGGUGGCUCCAGCACCAUGGCCACCCCAGAGAACCUGGCCAGCCUGAUGAAGGGCAUGGCCGGCAGCCCCAGCCGGGGCGGCAUCAGCUGGCAGAGCUCCAUCGUGCACUACAUGAACCGGAUGAGCCAGAGCCAGGCCCAGGCCGCCAGCAGGCUGGCACUCAAGGCCCAGACCGCCGGCAAGUGCAGCCUCGGGCUGGACCUCAAGGUGAGGACGCAGAAGGGGGAGCUGGGGAUAAGUCCCCCAGGAAGCAAAGUCCCAAAGGCCCCUGGCAGCGGGGCUAUGGAGCAGAAAGGGGGAAGCACAGGGGGUUCCCCACACAUCCACAGCAGCAGCAAGAUCCCUGCUGGGUGCCUGGGCCCCCAGCCUGCACCCACCCAGGAGCUGAGCCUCCAGGUCUUGGACUUACAGAGUGUCAAGAACGGCACACCUGGGGUCGGCGUGGUUGCUCGCCAUGCUACAGCCACCAAGGGCAUCCUUGCUACUAACCCAGCCACUGGGAAGGGCGCCGGGGGUGGCUCCACCAUGGGGAGUGGGGCCGGCAUGUCCACUGACACCAGUAAGAGUGAGAAGCUGGGCUCCAGGGCAGCAACUCUGCCCAGCCCUGCAGGCAAGAGGGACUGUGUCAAGGGCAGUGCAGUCCUUGGUGGGCAGGAGGGCCACACAGCCUCUGGAGAAGUGCGCAAAGCGGCCGCGCUGUCAGAGAUGAGCACUGGCGAGGAGAACAGCAGCUCUGACUCAGACCCCGACUCCGCCUCGCCACCCAGCGCUGGACAAAACCUCUCCGUGUCUGUCCAGACUAGCCAGGACUGGAAGCCCACUCGAAGCCUCAUUGAGCACGUCUUUGUCACCGAUGUCACUGCCAACCUCAUCACGGUCACAGUGAAGGAGUCCCCCACCAGCGUGGGCUUCUUCAACCUGAGACAUUACUGAUGCCCUAAGGCUGCCAGGUCUAGCCUGCCAUUCUCUGGCUUUUGAUAAGUGACCUGCACCCCAGACCCUCUCCAGGGGCCAGGUGGCCUCAUUCAAGGGCAGGCUUGGAAGGGACUUUUCCUGGACCCCGGCCCUGCCUGUGACUUCUGGCAGGAGUGGUACCUUGAUGCCUUGCUGGGCCCAGCCUUGCCCUUGUUCCUACCUCUGGGCCUUCACUUCACUUCCCAUUUGCCUCAGGAAGUCUGGGUGGCCCCCUGUGGCUCUGACCGAAUGUUUCUCAAGCCCCUCCAGUGGUUG